AGUGUGUGCUUUUAUGUAUCUGAAAAAAAUCAGCGUGGUUAGUAACAUUACAUGCGAUAAACUGGUUUUGUCUUUUCACGAAAACGUUUGAAGGUCAAACACUUUUGCUCCUGUUUUUUUUUUUUUAGGUGAUGUCAGCCUACGUUGGUCACUGCUCUGAAGUGCGCAAAAUUUCUUGUCGUGUCUUUUUUUAGCCGCGUAAUAUUACGAAUUUGUUACCUGUUACCUGUUACCUAUUACCUAUCCUCCUCUUACCUCGUGGCACAUAGGGCCUUUACAUAGGUCCUCCACUGUUCUCUGUCUGCUGCAAUCAUCCUUCUUUCCUCCUAUAAUCUCCACCUUGCCUCUUUACGUUCCUUUUCAACUGUUCGUUACGAAUUUGCAGUGCACAUUAUUAUUGUCCCUAUUGUGUGUAGAGUUGUUCAUGAUGUGCUUUUUUUUUUUUUUUCAGAACCCAAACUUCAGACACCCAAUCACUUUCUUUUAAGUGUGAUGCUCAAUGCGCCGCUGCCUUUGUGGACUCCUACAGUUCAUGUGAGAGGAAAAAACUACAGAUUGCAGCGUCACUGUAGCCAGUUCUUUGAUCUCGUCUGUCGACUGUUAGACUACUUGACAGUGACAGAACAAAGACUGAUGAAGAUUGAUCCUACCAAGAUGAUCGAGGGUGAAAUACAAUGGCUUCUGAACUUUGAAUUUGGAACUAAUUUAGAAAACGAAUUUCCCCUGUUGGCUGGUCAUUUGAGAUUAAUCAAAACUCUCUUUACUUGUGAAGGAGUCGACAAGAAAGGCUUAGGAGAGAAGCUAAUAAGAGACCUGUUAGAUGAUUUUCUCUUCCCUGCUUCGAAGCUUAUCUCUAUUAACGGCAAUACUCCAUCUAAAGAAACUGUUAUCGAUGUACACCCAAAGUGUGUAGGUAGAGAGUGUCAAGUGGCUGCUUAUGAUCUUCUGGUAGAACUGGGAGAUGGCUGUCCUGAAAACCUUUUUAACAUUGUAGCACAUUUGAUUUGUAUGCACCAUGUCGAAGAUCCUGGUACACUCAAAGAAUGGGAGUUUCAGCCACCAGUAGCUCCACGGGCACAAUGUGGAUUUGUGGGUCUGAAAAAUGCUGGGGCAACUUGCUACAUGAAUUCUGUUCUCCAACAAUUGUACAUGCAACCAGGACUUAGAGAGGCAAUUCUAUCAUUUGACGAUUCUCAAGAGAAAGAAAGUGUGUUUUUACAAAUCCAGUCUGUCUUUGGCCAUUUGAUGGAAAGCAAGCUACAGUAUUUCGCUCCAGAAGAAUUUUGGAAAUAUUUCAAACUCUGGGGCCAGCCUGUGAAUGUUCGAGAGCAACAGGAUGCUUUUGAAUUUUUUAGUAACCUCACAGAUCAGCUUGAUGAAAUUCUUAAGAAAACAGGACAAGAACAGUUAUUUAAAAAGACAUUUUGCGGCAUGUUUGCUGAUCAGAAGAUUUGUAAAGAGUGUAAUCAUAGGUACGAGAGGGAAGAGGCUUUCCACUCUUUACAAGUGACUGUGAAAAACCUGAAAUUAGAAGACUCCCUAGAACAGUUUGUUAACGGCGAGAUACUUGAAGGAGACAAUGCAUACUUCUGUGAAAAGUGUAACGAGAGGCGGACUACUGUGAAGCGCAUGUGUAUCAAGACCCUACCUCCUGUGCUUGUGAUUCAACUCAAGAGGUUUGGUUACGACUGGGAGGCUGGAAGAGCACUCAAGUUUGACGACCACUUUGAGUUUCCUUGGGUCCUGAACAUGGAGCCCUACACCACAGAUGGAGUGGCAAGACGAGAGUCUACCACCAAUCUACAGGCGCCGGACACAGACAGCGAGAGUGGCAGUAAUACAGAUCUCCACAUGUCUGCCUCGAACUCGUCCCUUCAGUCUAAUGUGUCUAUCAAUGCUCCUGAGAUUCAGUAUGAGCUUGUAGGUGUCAUUGUCCACAGUGGACAAGCGAACGCGGGACAUUAUUACUCCUUCAUCAAGGACAGAAGAAAUGGUACAAAAGAAAAGUGGUACAAGUUCAACGACACUAUUGUAGAAGAAUUUGACAUGAACGAGGACACACUAGAAGCAGAGUGUUUUGGUGGAACAUACAAAGCUACCGUCUAUGAUACUGUCAACAGUUACCCGGAAACUCGUCAUCGCUAUUGGAAUGGCUACAUGCUGUUUUACGAGUCAACUGACAAGCUUAAGUACGACACUGGCAAUGAUGGCCGAGGAAACCUGGUACGACAGGAUGCAGUUAUGGAGGGCCAAAGGUCCUGUCCACCUUCUCCAUCUUCUUCUUCGAUAUCCUCGAGUUCAGGCCCCCCAUCACCCACUCGGACAGAUGGUUUGAGUCAGCUGACAGCUUUACUUCAAAAAGGAGAGCGGAAAGGAAUCUUUAAGGACAAAAUGCCAGCAUCUAUUCAAAGAGUGGUUUACACCGAGAACCUUCAGUUUAUGCGGAACAGGGAUGUUUAUAACGUUGAUUAUUUUAAAUUCAUUCUCAAUCUUGCGUCUUGCAAUGCGAGAAACACGUCAUCUGGUAGGCAUGCGACGCUAUCAGUUUGCAGUCUACAACUGGCGGUCCAGUUCCUCUUUAACACUUACUUUAGGACCACGAAGAAACUCAGGAUCCACACAGAAGAAUGGUGCAGCUGUAUUGGUACCAUAGUAAAGCACAACAGCGAGGCUUGCGUAUGGUUUCUCAACUUCUUAGCUGGAGAAAGAGGCAAAGGUUAUGUCAGACCUUUUCUGUUGGAAUGUCCUUCUCAAGAAGUUCGCUCUGCGUUCGCCAAGAUUCUUGGUCUCACGUUUGAGAGCUUCAUUAACCAUGGAGGAGCUGUGGAAACUGGACAACUUGGUAUGUUGGUAGAGGCUCUUCUACAGAUGUGUGGCCGUGAUGUAGUUGAUAACCAUAAAAGCUGCUCGGAAUACUUCUGGCUUAUGAAUAGAUACGCCAUUAAGAAUCGAAUAACUUGCAGACACCUUAUCGCUCAGGGAGCAUUCUCUAAGUUCUUGCACUUCUUGGUCGGACCUAAUGCUGAAAACGGAUCUAACCGAAGAUGGAGCUCUAUCCAGGCACAGGAGUUUACUCAUCUUUACAGUGUACUUGCCACUCUUGUGUGCUCCUGUGAUGUGUCGUCACAACUUACAGUCGAACCCAGGUCUUUGCGGCCUACUUUCCUGGAAACAGUCCGUGCUGACUCGCUCAUUUCCAUGCCCCCUCAAAUGGAAGAUGCAAUCUUUGGUGUUAAUAGUGACUUUUACAUCAGAGAGGUUAGCACAGCUUUUGUUUUGUUUUGUUUUUGUUUUGUUUUUUUUGACCACUCAGAACAAACAGCCAAGAGGCCGUCUCUCCGCCGCUGUCUAGAACAACAAGGCAUUCGCACCGUCUUUAAAAAGGGUCUUAGCUUCAACUGA